GCAUCCAGCCAGGCAGCCAAGACGCGCAGCCGCUGCCCGUGAACACCACCGGCUGCCCGGGGCUGGACAUCACAGCUGAACAUCUGGACCAAGGGACGCGUACUUAACUUCAGCUCCGUUCCUUCUGUCCGUCGUGUCUAAAACGCCUCCCUCCAUCUGUCACGACCCCUCACGGAGCGGCUCGGCGGACUUUGUGUCGUCCGUUGGUCCCCGAAUCGCACGGAGGAAGUGGACGGUGUUCGCUGCGGUGACCGCCGUCGCCAUGGUGUUACUGACUCUGGCCAUCGUUAUUCCGUUAGUGCUGACCUCGGAAAGCUCGGCUCAUUACUACGAGAUGAUGGGCACCUGUCGGAUGGUCUGUGACCCGUACAGCCCCAAACCAGGAGCAACGACCACUGUGGAGGUGAUCCAGGACCUGAACGGCAUCCCCCAGCCGCCACCGAUGGCGCAAGGGAGUCGCGGAGAGCCUGGUCGGCCAGGGAAACCGGGACCCAGGGGGCCCCCAGGAGAGCCGGGACCUCCAGGUCCGAGGGGGCCACCGGGUGAACGCGGCGACACUGGUCCAAAACUAGCCUUCCCCGCGUUGAUGGGGACCGGGGCCGAGAACAGCGAAACGUAUGGCGUGAACUCCUCGGUCGGAAGCGUCAGGAUCGCCUUUUAUGUCGGUUUGAAGAAUCCACACGAGGGAUAUGAGGUGUUAAAGUUUGACGACGUGAUCACAAACUUGGGGAACAACUACGAUCCCAGCACCGGCAAGUUCACCUGCCUGGUGUCCGGGAUCUACUUCUUCACGUACCAUGUGCUGAUGCGGGGCGGCGACGGGACCAGCAUGUGGGCAGACCUGUGCAAAAACGGACAGGUGCGAGCCAGUGCCAUCGCUCAAGAUGCAGACCAGAACUACGACUACGCCAGCAACAGCGCCGUGCUGCAUCUGGACUCUGGAGACGAGAUCUACGUCAAGCUGGACGGCGGCAAGGCCCAUGGAGGCAACAAUAACAAAUACAGCACCUUCUCCGGCUUCAUCUUAUAUCCCGACUAAACACCACGCCCCCCGACUGUGUGGAUAAUAACAAACACUGUCACUGAAAACUGUUCCCAACACAGAACACAGUCAAAUUCGUGUGUCUCUUCUUUUGGAGAUAGGUGCCAAAAUCCCCAGGCUUAUCUGCUACUGUACUUUCUGUUUGUUCAGUGAAACACUUUUAUACUCAGAAGUCUCUUUGAUUGAACAAUUGGAGGUUGUUGCUGUAGCUUAAUACUGGUGAUACUGCAGAAUAUUAGUCUGUUGAUGUUCCUGGUCUUUUAGAGCAUGCCAAAGCUCACAGACUUACCACUGACUAAAUGCCCAUGGCUGCACAAGAUUAUUUAUGUUCCUGUGACUUACAAAGAGAUUAAGGUAAACACAGCUUUAAAAUGCUUAUGGAAGACUUACCUAGCCUGUCAGUAAGACUUCAGGCUAUUACAGUGUUAUCACUGGCUGCUAUUAGGUGGUUGAGUGGGCCUAAUAUUUUUACAAUGCAAAACAUCUCCAUCUUAUCAAGUCAACUUGACUGAUUGUGAGUCUUACAACCUUGUUUUCCUUCAAAGAGAAAAAAAAAUCUGCCAGUGGGAUGACACAACCCCACCUGUUUCCAAUGCAGUUUCACUUAUUUCAGGAUUUUUUUCUGG